AUGUCUGCACCGGUAUCUGUCGACGACGAAUCUGUCGACGACAAAUCUGUCGGCGACGAAAGUCAGACUCUGGUCUCCAUGGCCGAAUGGAGUCCGACGCCGCCGGAGACUUUGACCAACAUAGACCCCAACGACAGCAAAGAAAUUUUACGGCUGCUAAGGCGACAUAUCGGUUGGAUUACUGAGUGGGUAAAAAGAAAUAAACCCCUGUGUAAUUCCAAGCACGAAGACGAGACAGGGGAGGUUCUGAACCACGACACUGGCGAUGAAGCAAAGAAUGAUUUAGGUGACGAGGUUAAAGAAGCAAGCACGAUCCCGCAUUACCUGGUCGAUGCCGACGAAGCAGCAGCCGAAUCUCUCGGGUAUGGAAGGAUCCCUUACGAGUAUCUGGUAAAUCCUGAGGUGUACAGAAACCAGUACUUUGAAGUCAAGAAGUCGCGACUUGGAGGGUACGGGGCCUUUGCAAAAACGGAUCUGAAGCAAGGCCAGUUGAUUCUCGCAGAACGUCCAAUACUUACGGCAAGCCCUGUGACUUUAUACCAGGAUAUAGAGGCGCUAGCCCCCGAGCUUCAAGCUGCGUUCUAUCGAAUGCAUGGGCAUAAAAGAUCCCCUGAUCAUGACGAGCGGCAAGCAAUCUUCCUGACCAACGCCUUUGCGGUUAAUGAAUCGUCAUUCGUCUACUUUAUUGCCGCACGAUUCAAUCACGCGUGUGGUCAGGCCAGGUCUGUCAAGUACUGCAUUGCUCAGGAUAAUAUCAUAGAGCUCCGAAUGGCAAAGGACGUGCCCGCUAGCACCGAGCUGACUAUCUCAUACGGACCGAUAUCGCCAAGCAACCUAUAUACACUAUGGGGUUUCCGCUGUGCUUGUGGUGGCUGUAGGCCCCUUACGGACGCUGAAGUCAAAAGACUAGACAAGAGGGAUGAUGAUGCUUAUGGAAUCUGGUAG